GAAAAGGGAUCUCGAUCGGAUUGAAUCGUCAUAGCAAACAAAUCUCGAAUAGACAAAUUAUUGGGAAGACAAUUCUUGUUUCUUGAUUUGAUGAAAAUGGCAACCAUGCAACUAACCAGAGCCACUCUCUUUAGCCUCUCAAAGGCUUUCCCUAUGGUACGAUCUCCGGCAACUCUCGCCGCUUCGACCAGGAAAGUCUCUCGCGUCUGCUUCGCCUCCUCCGUUAGCCAUUCCGAGGGAAGAGAUCCGGUAGAGAAUGCUCGAGACUCAAGGGCAGAUUUUUCAUACGGCCCAAAAAAAUGGAAGGAGGAUACUGGAGAAAGCUAUGCCCAAGCGGCUAAAGAUAAAGCUAACGAAGGAGCGAGCAAAGCUACUGAUAAAGCUUACGAGACCAAAGAGCAGGCUAAGGAUACAGCUUCUGAUGCAAAGGAGAAGGCUAAAGACUACGCGCAACGGACUAAAGACAAAGUAAACGAAGGGGCGUAUAAGGCAGCGGAUAAAGCUGAAGAUACAAAAGAAAAAGCCAAGGAUUACGCUGAGGAUACAAUGGACAAUGCAAAAGCCAAGGCUCGAGAUGCGAAAGAGAAGGUCAAAGAAUAUGGAGAAGAUACUAAGGAGAAAGCAGAAGGGUUCAAGGAGACCGUGAAGGGUAAGGCUGAGGAACUUGGAGAGAAGACAAAGGAGACGGUGAAAGGAGCUUGGGAGAAUACAAAAAACGCCGCACGGACUGCGACUGAAGCUGUGGUUGGACCUGACGAUGAUGCGGAUGAGGCAAGGGCUGAUAUGGAUAAAGGCGUCGAAGAUCUAAGGAAAAAGGCGGAGAAAAAAGCCGAGAAAGACCAAAAGGAGGAUGAUUUCAUAACAUUUAACUAAUGAUAAAAGAUAUACAUCUUUUAUACGUGUUUCUUUGUUUUCAGGUGUUUAUGUGUUGCUCUGUUUUCAGUUUAUUCUCUGUUUUUUAAACUACACCUCAUCUCAUGCUUUAGUAUAUAAAUAAAUAAACCUAUGGUUUAUGUGUAGAAUAUUAAGUUUCUAUUCCUUCUGUGUUCUAUCAAUCUCAAUUUCGACCAACCGUUGAACGA